AUGGAGCCACUGCUGGUAGACGUUGUCCAUUUCUACCCUAAAGAGAACGCUCAGCCGCAUAACGCUGUCAAAUUCGAAGUGGUGAACGAAGAGAACCCAACAGUGACUAUAGUCAGGCGAGGCCAACCUUUCAACGGCGUGGUCAGGUUCACCAGACCCUUCGACGAGAAUGAGGACAUCAUUCAGCUAGUCUUCUCACUCGGUGACAAACCCCAGAUGGACACGCAGGGAUCGAUGUUCAUUCACCGCGACGCCGUCCCCGACAAACACAGCUGGACAGCGAAGCUGCUGGAGGUGCAAGGAGACACCGUCUCCUUCGAGGUAUCCACGCCGGUUUCCCUGCCGAUUGGUUGCUGGGCCCUCCGAGUUGUCUCGAGACUGAAGAGCUCAUCGGCCAAGGAGUUCUACGACUUCGAUCAGGACAUCUACAUACUUUUCAACCCUUGGAAUCCAGAUGACCAAACGUACAUGGAAGACAGCGCCCUACUGCAGGAGUAUGUGCUGAACGACGUGGGCAAAGUGUGGGUGGGACCGAUCAAGACCACGCGUGGGAAGCCUUGGUUCUACGGGCAGUUCGAUGCUUUGGUGCUCCCAGCGUGCAUGUUUAUGUUGGACAGAGCCGAAAUGCCCUUUCACCAGCGUGGGGAUCCAGUGAAAAUGGCGCGCGUGAUCUCACGCAUAGUCAACUCCAACGAUGACGCCGGAGUGCUCAUCGGCCGGUGGGACGGCCAGUACGAGGACGGUACCGCGCCCUCCGAGUGGACCGGAUCCGUCGACAUCCUCGCCCAGUAUCUGGAGACGCAGCAGGAGGUGCCCUACGGCCAGUGCUGGGUGUUCGCCGGCGUUGUCACCACAGUCUGCCGAGCCCUGGGAAUACCGUCGCGCGUGGUCUCCAACCUCGUGUCGGCUCACGACGCGAACAGCUCGCUGACCGUGGACAAGUACUACACGGAGACCAUGGAGGAGUUGGACUACGACCCCAACAACCCGGCCGGGGCGGACUCCAUAUGGAACUAUCACGUUUGGAACGACGUAUGGAUGGCUAGACCUGAUCUGCCGCCAGGUUACGGCGGUUGGCAGGCGAUCGACGCAACUCCACAGGAGACAUCCUCCGGAAUGUACCAGUGCGGUCCAGCGCCCUUGGAGGCGAUCAAGCAAGGGGUCAUUGGCCUGGGCUACGACGUGGAGUUCAUGCUGUCUUCCGUCAACGCCGACCUGAUGCGCUGGAGGAAGGACCCCGACGCGGAGAGCGGCUAUUCCAUGGUGGACACGAAUAACUACCACAUCGGUCGAAUGGUCCUCACCAAGAAGCCGUACGUCUUCGAUCCGCUGGGUGAUGAAGAUCGGCAGAUUAUCACCACUGAAUACAAGCACAGCGAGGGCACAGCAUCAGAGAGGCUGGCUCUGAUGAAUGGAGUGCGCUACUCUGAGAGAGCGAAGAGGUACUACGCGGUCGCAGCCAACCUCAGCAGCGAUAUCUCGUUCAAACUACGCGACAUCGACACGGUGCACAUCGGACAGGACUUCAGGGUCACCGUUGACAUCGAGAACAAAUCAAAUGAGGGUCGCAACAUAAAGGCAGCUUUGUCAGCUACGAGCGUCUUCUACAACGGCGUAAAAUCCGAAGUCGUGAAGAAGGUUGAGGGAAAACUGUUCGUCGGCCCUGGCAAACGUGAGCAGGUGAGCAUACCAGUUAAAGCGGAGGACUACAUGCCGAAGCUUGUCGAAUACUGCAACAUGAAGAUAUCGGCGAUGGCAAUAGUCGACGAGACCAAGCAGUCCUGGGCCGAUGACGACGACUUCCAAGUGCUGAAGCCCAACAUCACUAUCAAGUUCAACGAGGACCUGAUACUGGGGGAGCCGGCUACCGCGCACCUGUCCUUCGUGAACCCUCUCGGGCGCGCUCUUACCGGCUGCGAGUUCCGCGUGACGUCAUCGGGCAUGGUGGGACGCUCGCUGCGGCUCGCGGCGCCGGACGCAGCGCCCCACGCCCUCGUCAGCGCGGAACUGCCCGUCCAGCCCAAGAAACUGGGCACAAUUAACUUUGUCGCGACCUUCAAGUCGGCGGAGCUCAAGGACAUAAACGGCGCAAGCAGCGUCGAGGUGCUCGAGGGA